AGGCAACACGGAGGCAGAUGAGAGGAGGCUAUCACUCCACACUUGAACUUAAAAAUAGAAAGUGACACUCCGCGUGUUUAAUUAACGGUUUCGAGAGAGGCGUGCGCGCACGGCUGCGGAGUGAUGAGGUUGCACACGCUCCUUUAGCAAUCAGGGAUCGGCAAAGGUUGUGAAGUUGCAUCUCUGCAAAAGAAAAUGAUUGCGGGAGCGGAAAGACGUCCCGAGAGAAGCGCCGAGGAGCUCGCAGUGACAGGGAUGCUGCAGGUCGCGUUUGCGCUCUCCCUGGACGUGUGAAGAGCUUGCGUGUGUGAACGACGGUGUGUGAGUGUGAGUGAGCCGGUGUGUGUGUGUGUGUGUCUGUGUGUGAUUGUGCGUGUGUGUGAUUGUGCGUGUGUGUGUAUGAGUGUGUGUUUCCGGAUCCCUCUCCACUCAUGGAUGACUCGGAGUUGCACAUCUUCAACGUGCCUUUCAGCAAGGUGCUGCUUCUUGGCGCCAUCGCUGCAGCGACUGCCUUCGUAGUGACCAUCCUCAUCGUGCUGGUGUGUGUGGGAUGCCAAAGGAAAGGCAAAAUAAAAUACUCCCCCCACCAAUGGGACAAAGCUGAAAAAUGUGGAAGCGAGCGCACUGAGGCAGUCCAAACUGAACUCCAUGAGUAAGUCUGACACAGGGCUGCACGAGAUGAACCGGCUGCCCUGCAAUGGCAAUGGUGCUCCCAAGAGUCGCCCGGCCAGCAUGGACCUGCUCCUCCUGCACUGCCGGCGCUCGGCGUCCGACCUGCGCAACUCCUCGCUGCCCCGCCAGCUGCCCCAGGUGCCCGACGGCGACUCCGAGCACACCUACUCCCAGGUGGGCCCCCGCGCCUCGCCCGCCCCCGCCACUGCCCCUGCCCGCUGCCUGGAGCCGGACGACGGCCUCUACGAGAGCGUGGGGGUGGGGGCGCGUCACGGCGGAGGAGGAGGAGGAGGAGGAGGAGGAGGAGGCCUGGAGCCGGGUGUACCGCCGGCGCCACCGCCCACGUCCGCCAACACCCCGGCCCAGCAGCGGGCCACCUCCGCUUCCGCCGCCGCCGCCGCCGCGGCAACCCACGUGGCCCAGCACAGCCCUGGAACACCCCGCAGCAGCUGCAGCAGCAACAGCACAGCCGGGGGGGCUGCUGGGAACGGGAAGGGCUCGGGGCACGACCUCGUCACGGCCGAGUACGCCACCAUACGGAAGGUCCGCAGGGCUGACCGGGGGAACCGGAGGGAGAACGGAACCGGGCUGGCCGACACGGAGGCAGCACAUCACAGCCAGGAGGGCAGCAGGAGUGUGUUCAACCUGCAGUCCUUCCCUAAGGAGGCAGUGUUUAUGGGCAACGGCGAGCAAUACAUCUGGAAACCACCCGAGGAGGAUGACAUCAUCGUGCCCCCAGGACCGCCGACAGAGAACGACCAGAGUCACUCGACUGUCGUGGAGAUCUCCGAGAUGUACUCCACUGUGUGCAAAACCCUGAAGAGGAAGCACCUCGCUCAGCAGGCAGUGGCGACGGCAGCCCAGGAGGCAGAGGGGCAUCGGAAUGCAUCAGCUGUUGGCCCCGGGGCAGAUGAGGGCAAGAAGACGGGCCCUCCUGGAUGGCCGGCUGGGUCAAGCGGAGGAGGAGGAGGAGGAGGAGGAGGAGGAGGAGGAGGAGGAGGAGGUCCAGGUCAUGAGGAGGUCCGAGUGAGGAGGCGUGCCCAGGAGGAGCCCUGCUAUGAGGCCAUUGGCGACAAGACGUGGCCCAGCAACCUGGUGGUGGAGGCGGACCCGGCCUACGCCACCAUCGACUCCCACUGGAAGCGCGAGCGGCAGGCUAACGCUGCCACGCUACGCGCCAAGAAGAAACAGCAGCAGCAGCAGCAACAACAGCAACAUCAACAACAGCAACAACAACAACAACAACAACAACAACAGCAGCAGCAGCAGCAGCAGCAGCAGCAGCAGCAUCCACCUGGCCAGGGCAGGCCUCCGCCAGGAGAGAACUUCUACGAGACCAUCAGCGAGGUGAAGCAGGGCAUCAGCGCUGCCAACCCCAGCACCACCACCAUCUUCACCUUCAACGACGGCAUGGAGAUGUACGUCACGGGACUGUGAAUGCCGCCGCUGCGGUCACAGCCACCGACCCCCGUGACCUGUUGCGAUCCGGGGGAACUGGCCCUGCUCACGACCUCUGACCCCCGUUUUGAAGUGAGGGCAAGAAUAGACUCCCAACUUCUAAGCCUACACCUAUAUGUACAAUAUCUGAAAGGCACUGAAAACAUUAUUUGUUAUUUUGUAUGAAAUGUGACCAUAACAAUCUCCCCACCACCACAAAGGUGUUGCCUGCACUUGUUCACAAAAUAAUUCAAAAUUCUAGCGCAACGCUAUUACUCGUUUAAAACUAGGUCAUUGUCUUUAGUCUCUCUCUCUCUACACACACACACGCUGUGAAACUGCUGCCUGCUGUCCAGUCUAAAGGCAAGCGAGGCUGAAACAGGUUUUUCUGCUUAUAAGCGCAGUCUCAGGUGAGAGGGUAGGGUUUCAGAAGGGUGAUAUGAGCUGUGAUAAAGCUGUGAAAAAAGAAGAAAAUAGAAAAGAAGAAACAAGAAAAUAAGUCAUAUGGUUUAGAAGAUAACAACAUGCACACACACAUGGUCUAGUAUACUCAUGGUCACGCACACACACACAUGCACAUAGACAGAAGCACACAAUCAAGCACUUAUAUUUUUAGAUUUUUAAUUUCUUGGUGUAAGUGGUGAACACAACAGCUGUUAUACUGUGUCAUAACAGAACUCUAUUUUAGCUUCAGAGUUUAGUUGUGGUUGCAGGAUGCCUUUAGCCAAAAACUUGUUGGAAUGUCAGUCUGGUGGGUAUGGUGUCUGUUUAUUCAGCAUAUUCCGUGAGACAGACCUGCUGGCUGCUGCAAAAGUUGCAUAUUGGGACAAAUAAUACAUUGAAGUGGAAUUGAGAUCUUAAAUGCACACAGUGUGUUACAGUAGAGAGAGACAAGGAGAGAAGAUAAGGAGAUUAUUAUCCGUCGUGUGGUGGUACUGUAGUUUCUUGAGUUGGCCUUGUGUCUCUUUGUCUUCCAAAGGCAGCGAUGUCUUAUCACAUGCUGUUGUUCCACGGCAGUUUGCUUUGCCAAAGUCAGCUUGGUUCCUCCAGAGCGAUUCCACAUCAUAUAAAGAUUGCAUGUUCAGAUGUAGGAAAUCAGAACGCAUAACUUUGUGGAUUGUGUCUGGUUCUAAAACCAAGCUAUAUGGAAGAAAAGCAAUUGGUCUGUGGUGUUUUACGGUGUGAAGACAUCUUGAUUGCUGACAGGAAGGCGUGGCUACUGACAACAACCACUUUAGUGCUAUAAUGAACAUAACACCAACCAUUUUGUAUGGUUGCAGACAAAAGGAAUAGGAGAUAGAUUCUAUUUGUCAUAAAACAAAAUUAUGUAAAUAAUGAAAUAAAAAAAAAACUUUAAUGACUCAGUGAUGCACACAAUCACAUACUUUAAACCUUGAACACUCACACACACACAUACACACACACACACACACACACACACACACAAACACACUCCCACGGUUGUUUUGCUAACUGAAUCCAAACAUAUUUUUCACACAGACUGUGUGCACAGAUUAAACUCUUAACUCUUCCUGGAAAAGAAAAAAAACAUGACAAACUGGUUAUCUGUCAUGGAAUUGGCCACCUCUGACUUCUAAGGGUUUUUUUCAGGUCAGCUUGAGGUUUGCAUGUAAUUAGAGCAACAGAAGAAUAAUGUGGCAUGUUCAAUUUCAGUACCAUACUGUGGACCAAUACUGCUUUCCUCCUGGAGCAGGUCAUUCCUCUUUAAACUGGUCUUUUUUUUUCACCCGCAUGUAUUACACUGUGCUAACUUUACUCAAUAUCUGCUGAGACGUGAGAUUUGAUUUGUGAAUGGUGAUGCAUGUAGUUUCACAAUGCCAAGGGAGACAGGGUGACAGUCUCUUACUCAACAUGCUAUUGCUUGAUAGUGUGAUCAAAAUCCUAAUCAAAGUCUGGGGAUUUAUUUGCCAAUCUGUUUGUGUGUAUGUAUGUGUGUGUGUCUGUGUGUAGAAAAUUGUUUUGAAAUCAGCUCGACCAGAAUCAAGCCCAUAAAAGGGCACACAUUCCAAAAAUCUUGGCACAACUCUGUUUUCGAUGUCUUUUCUUUUUUUCUUUCUUUUGGCGGAGCAACAUGCGUCCACCACCCACCCUUGGCUGUGCACUGGGUCAAAGUAACCAUAGGGUCAGAGGUGUUGGUGCAACUUUCCCAUGGUGUGCAUAGCAACAGCCUCUCUGUCGAAAGCUGUGGACCCUAAAGACCUGUUUUUCUUUUGAAUUUGAAUAAAGCAAUGAUGAAAAUUAGCUUUUUUUAAAUAACAAGGGAUGUCCUGGUUCAGGCGUGUUACUGCUGCAUAUCUUCACAUGGGUAUGCUUAACACCAGGCUCCGGUCUCUGGAAGUAGAGAAUGCUGUUGUAGAGUGUUCCGGAAUCAGUCAAGUGUUCCAGAAUCAGUAAGGAGCAGUAAAGGCUGUUUUUCUGGCCGGGUCUGGGGUUGUUUCACUGCCCAAUCUCCAAUGCGAGGAGUUCAAUCUCACUCGCUUCUCGGAGCCACAGGCUCUCUCCAGCCAUCAGUGGCAUUUUUGACGGCUGUGCGUCCAAGGAAAACAAACUGUCGGAGGGCCCAGAGUCGCUAGUGAGCGCCUCCUCUGGAAGUCUGUUGCUCCGCUGGUUUGUCUGUGGAUCAGCUCAGCUGCACAGUAGACAUGAGAAGGCCUUCCCAUGAGGCCCUGGGGGAGAAGCCAUGCAGGGUUGCUAUUGGUUUCUCUUUUUCAAAGAAAAGAAAGAAAUUAUGUGGAAGAGGACACAAGACUUCAGCUCAGGGACUGAAUUGUGAGUGUUUUAAGGAAACAUACCAAGUCGCUCUUACAUAACACGCUAGUCCUGCCACCAUGACAGAGAGAGAUAAAGAGAGAGAUCACAAAGUGUUCAUUGAUAUGUGCAUUUAAUUAUGCUUUAAAAAGUUAGAGCAAGCGUAUUAUACUUAUAAAUAACUUAUAUAUAGUAUACAAAAGCACUAUUUUUCCUACCCUCCCAUCUACACAAACACAUCAACUAGUCACAUUGUGUCUAAGCAGCUGAUGUCACUGCCAUGCAUAUCGGUGUUUCAAUAUUGUUGAAGCUGAUGGUGAUGUUUACUUGUAUGUGAUUGCAUGAACGUCUUUAAAAAAAGCUAACGAAUACCACUUCAUUUUGUUUAGUCCUCUUAACUGAUAUGAUUUCAACACAAAAAAGAGCAACAUGGCUGCCUAAUUCAUGUGAUUAUUGUACAUGGACUUGUGUGAACAGCUCCCAGGAUCAAUAUCUGCCAUCACAUAACAGGACGUGUCCAGUGGUAGAUUAGAGUUCACUGUUUAGAAAAAAAAGAUUAUGUUCUUGGAAGGCAGAAGUGCAAAGUUCUCAUGAGCUGGGUUGUCCAUUCCAUUGGUGAUGCACAGCCACAGCCAGAUCUGACCGACCCUUCCCCCACCUUCCCUUCCUCCUGAGAUUCAUUAGAUGAUGACCAACCUGCAUCUUCAGAACCAGGCUUCUGCCUUGCAGGGAGAAUGCGUCACCCCCCCCCCCCCCAUUCUUGUUGGGUUUUCUCCCACCCCCUCAAUCUGUCUGCUGGAGCACAGCAAUGACUUUGUCCUGAAGUACGCUCUUGGCCUUUGAUGUAGCAUUUGGAGAGUUGGGGAGGAGGGGGUUGUUGGAAGGGGCAACCUGCACUUGGACCAAGCCUAUUUUGCAUUCAGAGAGGCAUUACAAUCUGGAAUGGUUAGCAAUCAGCACAGGUUUUCAGAAGGCGUGGUGGGUUUUUAAACCAGGUUAAAAGUAGUGUAUAUUGUGUGUACUGUGUUUUCCCCUUAUCGCCUUUACUAUAGUGCAGAGCAAUGGGUACUCUUUAUUUUAAGAUAAAACCACAUUGAAACAAUCAAGGAGCAUAAUCCACUUUCCCUAGAGCAUGAGAUUCAUGUCAGUAGAUAAUUCCUGAGCUCACAGCUGUGUUAAAGACUAAUUGAUGAAAGAAUUACAAGUAUGCACAAUGAUGAGUCUGUGUGAUGGCGGUCAGAUUAUGCUGUUCAGAUAGACAUUGCUGAUGUUAUAAUAGAAAUAUAUUUUAUGUCUUGGUUGUAGUGGGUUGUAAACGGCAAUGAUCUGUCAGAGCAAGUUCUACUUCCUUUUAAAUUAUUUUGCUUUUCUAGUCCCAUGUCUGCAAAUCAGUUAGACUGGGUGUACUUUUUAAUUGGCUUGAAAACGAACAGGGUGUGUAGGCCUAUACUGUAUAUAAAUGCCAGCUUGUGUCCUAUUUUACUUAUGUGAAAAAAGAUUGUAUGUUUUUUUAAUCAAGAUAUCAUUCAUGAUAUUGUGGUCAAAUUUAUACUUUUGUAAUAAAGUUGCACCUUAAAAUAU